AUGAUCUACUCUUUGUUCUCCCUAUGGAAGUCACUCAAGCCUGGCGGCCUCUACAUCAUUGAAGACUUAGAGACAAACUACUGGCGUCACGGAAAGGUGGUCUACGGAUACGAGCUGAAGAAUACCGGAAUUGGCACAACGGCAAAGUGGUCUGCCGUCAAAAAGAUAGAACAGAUCACUCAAGUCCUAGCCCGCCACCAAAUUGGUGCGAAGAACUUGACCGUCAUGCCUGGUGAUGAAUCUCUAUGUUCAGUGGAGUGGGGUAUGAACAUCGUGAAGCUACGGAAGUGUACUCCAGAGGAACGAGCUUUCAAUCCGAAGAUGAAUCAUGUAAUUUGCUUUGACAGGAAGAAGAUGGAUGCGUGGAUUGAAGAGGCCAAAUCGACCAAUCCAACUGUUUGA